UUCGUGCCUCCCGCCCGUCAUGGCGGUGCCGGGACAGGGCGCGGAGGGGAGGUCGGCGCUGCUUCUGAAAGUCGUGAUGGCCGGGGAGUCCUGCGUGGGGAAAACCUCCAUCGUGCGGAGGUACACGGAGCCCAACGCGGCUGCCGCCUUCUCCUCCUCCUCCUCCUACCUGCCCACGAUCGGCAUUGAUUUUAAAGUGAAGUGUAUAACACUGAGUGGUACAAGAGUGAAACUUCAAAUAUGGGAUACUGCAGGCCAGGAACGAUUCCAUACACUCAGUACAAGCUAUUUUCGUGGAGCACAAGGCUUUGUUCUUGUAUAUGACAUCACAAAUCUGGACAGUUUUCAAGGUGUAACAAGCUGGAUGAAAGACAUACAUGAGAAAGCAGGUGAUGAAGUGGACAUAAUACUGCUGGGCAACAAGUGUGAUAAGGAAUCAGAACGUGUAGUUCCAAAACAUAAAGGAGAAAAGCUUGCUUGGGAACACGGGAUACCAUUUUUUGAAACCAGUGCCAAAGAUAACGUGAACAUUGAGGAUGCAUUUUCAGUUUUGACUAAGGAAAUACUGGAAAAGAAGUCCUGGGUAUUAUAUGACUUAGAUGUUGUGGAUCUAAAUGAAAGUAAGAAGAGAACCUGCUGUGCAUUCUGAAAUAUUGUUUAUUAUUUCAUUUCCUCUUCAGAGAAUAUUAACUAUUACAAGGGAACAUAAAAAAAAAAUUAAAAGGGAGUCUGUAAUCCCAAAGCACAGAAUUUAGGCAUCCUUUUUAUUACAGAAAUGUUGCUGGCAAAUAUUUUGACAUGUUUAUAUUUUUUUAUUUUUAAUGUGAAUUUAAAACAAUCAUCUGAUGUUUGAAUCAUUUGCAUACAAAUGGUUGCACAGGUGAAAUCUAAAUGUACUAUUUUUCUCGUAUUAAAAACAUGUACUUUAACAUUU